AAAUUCUUUUUUUUUUUGGGGGGGGGGGGUAGUGGAUGUCUGUUGUAUCUGAUAAACCUUAGCCUAUUGAAAGAAGCAGGGAUCAAAAUAUUUGUUGAUCUACAUCCCUUCCCCAAUUUAAAAUUGAGAGUUCAAAAGAGCUAAAGUUUUUUUUUUCAUUAAUUUAUGAAGAUGCCUCCGAAGAAGAAACGUCAGCUGAGUAUAAAUACCAAGCAAGGAAUAGCGAGGGCUCACCUGGAAGCUGAAUUCUCCACUUUGCCACCUUCAAAGGAAGACUUGCGUAAUGGACAUGUCCUUAAUUUGUACAUUCUGUCAUGCAAAAAUCGCUCAGAAACUGAGAGACGUUUGUCAGCACAAUAUCUGCUGUCUGAUGUGGAUGGAUAUUCCAGUGAUAUUUCCAUUUCAAGGGUGCAGGGUCUUUGCAACAGAACUCUUGAGAAAUACAAAAAACUUACCAAUCCCAAGGAAUUUCAAGUCUUUUCAGCAAUAUGUAACGAAUCAUUCAUCCUACCAGAGAAGAACACAAGCAACAAACACACUCCAUCACCUGCUGCUCAAGUUCCACAAGACCACAACUCUCCUUCAACAUCAACCGACAUGAAAGACAGUGCUCUUUCAACAUCAACAGAAACAGAAAUUAUGGACAAUCCACCUUCAACAAGUUCAACUCCAUCAGCAUCUGUAUCAUCAAAUAAAUCAUCAAUAGCAACAAGAAGCAGCUCAAAGGUAUUGACACCUAGAAAACAGAAACUUAAAAAAAGAUUGCUCUUCAUGUCAUCAUCAAGGGCAGAGCUUCUGGCUAAGCACACUGCUCUCAAAGCAAAAUUGAAAACACCCAAACGUGUGAUCAACCAGUCCUUGAAAAGGAAACAGAAACAAAUACUCCUUAAGGAUAAGAAGAUCAAGGAGCUGCAAAAUCAACUGAAUGACAAUGCUGUGGCAAUAGAACUUGAGGCCACCAGAAUGAAGUUAAAUAAACUCAAGAAAGCACACAGAGAACUUCUGAAGGCAAACAAAAGAAAAAAGAACUAUGUGUCUGUUCUUAAGCAUCAGAGUGUUGUUAGUUCUUUAGCAAGAUGCCAAGAUGAAGUGAAAGAUCUUGAAACUCAAAAUUUAGUUUUGAAAGAAAAUAUAGAGGCAGCUGAACAGUCUAGUAUAAGUGCUAAAUUUGACAAGAAAACUUACUCGGGAAAUACUCGGAUGAAGGUGUUUGACUGUAUUGUGAAUAAGACGCCGACGGCCAACAUUCCUAUUCUUUUGGAGAAAUUUCAUAAAAGGAAUGGUCUGGACCUGGAGAGUGUUCCUCAACGUUCAACUGUAGAACUGAUGGCAAGAGAAUUGGGGGCAAUCGCUGAACUCCAAACGGCAGAGAUGAUCAUGGAUACUAAUAACCUAACCAUGGGGUUUGAUGCAACAACUCAGGAGGAAACUCAUAUUAAUAGCAUCCAUUUCACGAGUAAAGAUAAAUGCCUCGCUGCCGCUGUAGAUGUAUUGGCUGGGGGAACAGCAGAAGACUACGCUACACACAUCUGCAGCACAGUUGACAACUUGGCAGACACAUACUGCUAUUUUAACAAUGAUGCAAAUUUGAAUGAAGCAAAGGAUACAAUGGUAGCAAAUAUAACAAACACAUUGACAGACAGAUGUGCUUCAAAUCAUGCAGCAAUACGCCAAGUUAACAGUGAAUGGGGGAAAACCCUUACAGAACUUAACUGCCAUCUCCACCCCCUUGACACCAUUGCCACAGCAGUUCGGUCUGCCUUAAAGCAACAUGAGGAAUCCAGGGGACGGGUGUAUGGCAAGGAUUGUGUUGCUGGCAACAUUGUAGUUCAGAUGAACAAAAUGAGAUAUAAAUGUGGAAAAGGAGAUCCACGAGGGGUUGUUUCCUUCCUGGACAGCAAAGGAAUCCCACGGGGUGUUUUGCCACGUUACCGUGGUAACAGGCUCCACAUCCUGUUCCAUAUCAGUGGAAAACUUAUUGAAUUCUAUGAUGACUUCGUAGAGUUACUCAGUAGUGGCACAUCCUGUGGCGGUUUAAGGAGUGCAGUUUUGCAUGAGUUUAAGACGGCGACUGCUAAAGUAGAACUCCAAGUAUUAGGUCCUUGAAAGACUAACUUCUACACAGAUAGUGAUCAUCAGGUCAACCACAUUGAGGCCAUCAACAUCGUGCAUGAAGUAGUAGCAGCAUUGAAGGAAGCUGGGCAACAUCCAGAGCACCUCCUUACAGCAACCACAGAUUUCUUUGGAGCUGAAGUUGGAAAGUCUGAUUCAACCUUUUCAAAAUUGAAGGAGGUUCCAGAAGAUCCCCAGUUUAAAGUAAUGAUGUCAAGUUGCAUCAGUGCUGUCAUCGGGGUGCUGGAACGACAAUACAGCAAGUAUUUUGAACUUGACAUCACUGACAAGUUGAAGGAGGAGGCUGCGUCAGCGAGACUCCACAAUAUGGAUGCAGAGGAAAUCAUGGGAAUGUUUAGUUCCGCAAAGCAAAGGUCCCCAAAUGCCACCGUGUGUUUCCUUUCUUGUCGCAUGCGUGCCUGCAAAAACAGGACAGUUGAGUAUCUAGAUGAGCUUCAGGUAGAGAGGAGGGAAGAAAUUCUGCGAAAAGCAGUGAAGUUGGGAAGAACGCACCGUAACAAAAGAAAGAAAGAACAGAAAGAAUUGAGGUCAACGAUCAUGAAAAGAGAGAAGGAUAAGCUGAAUGUACAGAACACAAAGGAAAGGAAAAAGCUGGAAAGGAAACUUAAAGAAACUGAUCUUGACAGUAUCCGCACAGAGUAUCCAAACUUGGAUUAUUCCAAAGUGGAUGACCUACAAGACAUUAUUGGUGGAAAGGUGGUUGGGAAGAAAGCCUGCCAUGCUUGGUAUGAAAACCAUGAGUUGAAAGUGUACAAUGCAAAAAUUGAAAAACUAAAAAACAAUAAAGUGCACACAGUUGCCUAUUGGGGAGAAGCUGAGAGUUAUGAUGAUGAUGCCGAGGAUUAUGACAUCCCCAUGUUCCAGCUGGCUGCUGACUUGCUUCAUGGCGACCUUAUUUUUGCAUGAAAGGUAUAAGAAUAUGAUAAACAGACAGGUUAAUAUAAUAAUCAGGUUGUUGAUUUAUUUGUUAUUCAUGUACAUGUAUUUGUUAAUACAUUUCCUAAAAGUAAAUGCAAUGACUUGAAAAUAUCAUGAAAUGAAAAAAAGUUAAUUCACAAUUGAUUAUAUAAAAAGCAUUUUGUAUUACCGUACCAUGGAAAAGACCAAAUACUGUAGUUGAUCUAACACAAUUCUAAUCAUUUGACAGAACUUUACAUAAUAAAUGUGAUUUUAUUAUGUAAAUUAUCAUUAAUUUAAUCAAUUAAUCAACCCCUAAAAAACUCUUUA